AUGGAUAACAACUUAGAUUUUCAAAACAAUCUAAAUCUAAAAUGUUAGACUCAUUAAUAUGUUCAAGCAAAAUGUUUUUGUUUGCGCUAUUAAUGUGAGUAGAAUAGAGUGGCUUGUGAUAAUUGUUUCAAUGUUUAUCAUUCUAGUCAUAGCGAUUAAGUUAAACCAAUUCAUGAUUUGACUUCGUAUUUAUAAUAAAAGUCCCAAUAAGCAGAGAAAUUCCUAUAAAAUUAUUUCAACCAAUUUAACCAACUUUAAUAAACUUUUAAUAGAACUAUAAAAGCAUUGCAAUAUACUUUUGGGAAUUAGUCAAAAGAUUUUUUAUAAAUGGAUCAAAUCCAACUGAUUUCUUUGCUUAAUCAAUUACUAACUUUCGAUUCCUUGGGUUAGUUCUUAAAUGAUUACGUAGUGCAAAAAUUAGAGAAAAUGAAUGAAAUAUAAAGUCAAAUUUUAUAGACGCUACCUUUACAUCUAAUAGUAAAUAAGUUACCAGAGACAUUAGUUGAAAAUUUGGCAAAUUAUAAAAAAUAUGGUGAUAAAUCCUAAUAUUAUAUUAGGCUUGCAAUUAAUGAAUUCAAAUCAGUUUGGUUAGGCCAUAACAUUAUUCGAUAAAGUUCUAGAACGAAUUCCAUAUGACGUAGAAGUUUUGCUUAAAAAGGGUAAAAAAUUUUAUUCUAUUGAUAGGAGAGUGCUUAUUUAAAUAGAAUUUAUAUUAUGAGGCAUAGAAACAAUACGAAGAAAUACUUUACUUCAAGCCUCAAAACAUAGAUGCUUGGUGCGGGAUUGGUAAAUCAUUUUUUAUUAAUAUAAUAGGAAAUUGUUUACUUAAAUGCAACAAAUAUGACGAGGCUAUUAUUCGAUUCUAAAUGUGUCUAAAGAUGAACAAAAAUUACUAUAUGGCUCUUUUGGGCAAUGGUAAAUCUGAUCUAUAUUAGAAGCUGACGCUUUAAGAAAAAAGAUCAACUUAACAGAAGCUCUUGAAGAGUAUGAUAAAGCAAUUAGAGUUAACUAGUAGGGUUAUUCUGCUUUUUGUGGAAAAGGUAUUUUUUAUAAAUAAAAUUCUAAAAGCUGAAUGCUUAAAGUCAUUGAAUGAUUUGAACAGAUCAGAGGAAAUGUAUAGGAAGGCUUUACAAAUUGUGGAUAAUCACUUCGAUUCAUUAUUUGGUUUAGGUUAUAUAUUAACUCACUUCAUUAGCGGAUUGCUUAAAAAGAUAAAAACAAUAUUACGAAGCUAUUCCUUAUUAUAGCAAGUCUUUGGAAAUUAGUCCUUAACAUCCAGAAUCAUUGGAAGGAAAAGGUUAUUCUUCUUUAAUCAAUUAGCUUCGUGCUUAAAAUAUUGUGGCCAUAAUUCAGAAGCAGUUUAAUUUUAUUAAUUAGCUUUGCAAUAUGACCCUAGUUCAGCUGAUGCAUUGAAAGGAUUAGGUUACUUAGACAAUUAAUUUAUAGGGGCUAGUUUAUAUCAUUUAGGUCAGUAUGACGAGUCAAUUGCUGCUUUUGAAAAGGCCUUAGAAUUCAAUUCUUGUUCUUCUGUUUGUUAUAAAGGGAAAGGUUCUUAAAUUUCUUGAUAAUAGCCGACUGCUUUAGGAGAUAGGGAAAAUGGAAGGAGGCAGUGGAAUACUAUUUGUUAGCUAUAAAAUAUGACAGCACUUAGCUUGAAGCACAACAUUGGAUAAGUAAGAUUAAUGUAUAGCUUAUUCAUUAGGUGUGCUUGCUAGAUUGAUAAAAUAAAUCAAACCACCUUAAGAAAACCUCUUCAUAAAUUCUCAAAAUUUGUAGUUAAUUUUUUCAACAGAAUAUAUUGAAUAAUUAAGCUUUCUGCUUAGUACUAUUAAAUUAUAUUGAAGAAGCUGAAAUAUAUCAUGCUAUAAUUCCGCCAAAGGAUGCAGGAACUUAUCCCAGUAAUAUAAUAGUAGGUAUAAACAUAAGCAGAAAAUAAUUUAGGUUUUAUGUUAUUAAUAACAGGUUUUUAUUAAGAUGCUAAGGGUUAUUAUAAUAAGGCUUUAGAAAUAGAGGAAUUUGGAACAGAUGCUCUGUGGGGAAGAGGUUAUAAUUCAUAAGAAUUUUUAGGAGAAUGUUUAAGACUUUAGCUGAAAUUUACAGAAGCUUUAUAAUAUUAUGAAAAAGCUCUUGAAAUAUGUUCUUUUUAUGAUUUGAAGAUAUUAUAACCUGGCUUGGAGAUUGCUUCUAUUGAAUAUAUAUAAGCAUUAUCAAUAUUUGGAAAAAGUAUGAAUUUAGUUAUAAUUUAAGCCUAUUGUUUAAUUGCUCAAAACAAAUUUUAAGAAGCGAUUGAAUUUCUAUUUAACUCAUAAGGAUUUAUUCUUAAAAUUAAACAUAUUGAAUUAGGGUAAAUGUUGACGAUUUUUUGCCUAUAAUUUAUUUCAAUUAUUGUUCUUAAGAAUUUGACUUGA